AUGGUGAAACAAACCACCCUCGAUAUCGAAUAUGCCUCUCUCAUGAGUCGCAACCCAGAAGGGACAUACCUGUACAGCCCACCAACCUUUCGCAAAUUCCACCCCGGCUCGGUGGGUUUCUUCGAUGAGUACAGCGGCUGGAACCAGAUCACCGAUCUUUCCAAGGAAGGCCAGCCUGAGGCCGAUGGCUUCACACCUCUGAAAAAGCAAUUGGCCCGAGACCAGCGGCCCAAGUCCGCUAUGUGGAAGACCCGAUCGUCAGAAUCUGAGGCUGGUCAGCAUAUCAAGCUAUCCGGCGGCCUAUCUGCCGCCGCAGCAGCCGCAGUCCCAGUUGACGUCUCAGCUGAUGGUAAGCAUAAGACCAGUACCGCGGGCAAAGCCGCGCUGGUGACUGGAUCAACCGCUAUGCGAGAGAAAGUACUUGCUCCGUUCGACAAGCCCGUCUCGACGUGGGCAAGCGAAAAUGCGCAGGCGCUAUUGGACUCGGACUUUGCGCCUGAUAUUGCUAAGAAUGGUGUCUGGAUCAUUCAGCAUGCGUGGGUGACGGAUGAAUGUGCGAUAAAUAUGACGAACAGCUCUGACAAGGAGAUUGAGGUUGGAUUGGAUAUUGCUGCCACGGGGAUUGCGAAAGCUGGGGCCGGAGGGGGGACAUUUGACAAGCUUAAGAAUGAGGGAUGGACUACAUAUAAAUCCGAAGGGGAUGAUGGAGGGCUCGUCGUUUGCUUCGGCGGAUCCCACUUCAAGCCUCGUCGGUUCCAGCGAUUCCGCAGUGUUGUGAGUAGUACCCCCGAGUCAUAUAUACCUAAUACUGACCAAGACAAGCCCAUCAAACAAACCCAGGCAAACUCUUUCCUGAGGACAGGACCUGUCGAAGAGGCACAACUGGUUGAGGAGCUGGACUUCGAGUCCGCAAAGGUUGGAGCAACUGAAAGUGAUGCCGAGGAAGAGGCGGAGGCCGCUGCUAGAGAAGAAGAGGAGGAGAAGCGCGUUCGCGAGGAUUUGGAGAAGAGAAAGGAGGAGAUCUUGAACAGCGCCACCACGGAGACAUUUGUUGUGCAGAUCUAAUGGGAAGCUUGUGUUGCGCAAGCUUUAUUUGAUUAUCCGCAUUAAAGAUCUUGAGUGUUUGAAUGAUUGUAUAGAUCAAUAGUAGUUAAAGAACAGAAUCAUGACCAGUGAGAUAACAAACUUGGGAGGAAUUGUCUAUCACCAGAGCAUUCA